GUUUGAUUCAUCUUGUGAUGAAGACCUGACAAUAUCUAAACUCUGAAGUGUGACUCACUGUACAGCUGUAGAUAUAUAGACAGCCACCAAACAGAACAAAGAGGUGCAUCCAAAACACCACUUAUAUCUACACGGAACAAAAUCAUUCCAAAGAUUAAAAUAAUGGUGUCAGCCAAACCAUUCAAAAAUCAGAAAUACCAAAAGAUAAAGAAGGAAUGCAUCAAGAAGAGGGCGCUGUUCAGGGACAGUGAAUUUCCUCCCGAGGGUGCCUCCCUAUUUUACAGCAGGGCAGCCCCGGCAGACAUUGUCUGGAAACGACCAGGGGAAAUCGUCUCCGAUCCCAGGUUUUUCACUGAGGGCAGUAGUGCAGACGAUUUUUCCCAAGGUUCCCUUGGUAACUGCUGGUUUGUGGCAGCCUGUGCAUGCAUUGCAGAACGGAAAAACCUUCUGAGAAAGAUAGUUCCCGAUAUUGAACAACAGGAUUGGGGUAAAGGCCGAAAGUACGCUGGAAUAUUCCAUUUUAAGUUCUGGCAGUGUGGGGAAUGGGUCGAUGUCGUCAUAGACGAUUAUCUUCCCACACGUCAAGGGAGAUUAAUCUACAUGCAUUCUAAAUCCAGGAAUGAGUUUUGGUCAGCUCUGCUCGAGAAAGCAUAUGCCAAAUUAUUCGGGGAUUACGAGUCGCUGGUUGCUGGGAAGGCUAAGGACGCCAUGGUUGACAUGACAGGGGGCGUGGCCGAGGGCAUAGAAAUCAAAGACUAUAAUUCUACAGAGGAGAGGAAAAAGCUGUUUAAGAUUCUGCGAAAAUCAAAAGAAGACAAGUCCUUAAUGAGCACGUCUAUUGCAGCGACAAGAGCAGAGAUGGAGGAAACGCUUGCCUGUGGUCUAGUAAAGGGCCACGCCUACAGCAUAACUGACGUAAGAAAAAUAAAGCUUGGAACAGGACUGAAGUCCAUUUUCAGCAGAGAAAAAAUCCAUAUGAUUCGAUGCCGCAAUCCAUGGGGUGGUACCGAAUGGAAAGGGGCGUGGAGCGAUGGGUCCCCGGAGUGGAAGAAAGUGAGUGAAAGUGAGAAAAAAGAACUUGGAUUAACAUUUGACGAAAAUGGCGAAUUUUGGAUGUCAUUUGAGGAUUUCUGCCAAUAUUUCACCAGCAUCGACAUAUGCCACAUCAUCAAUACGUCCCUAUUUUCGCUGUCCAAGACUUGGAAGGAGGGCAAAGCGGAAGGACAGUGGAAGAGGAAUCGAUGUGGAGGCUGUGGUAACAACGGGACGUUUCUAGAAAAUCCACAAUAUAUGUUUGAGAUAAAUGAUGCAGACGAAGAACUUCUGGUAUCUUUGGAACAAUACGACAGACGAAGAGAGAAAGAUCAGGGAAAGUCCAACUACACAAUUGGCAUUACUAUUAUGAAAGCAGAUCUAAACCGGAAGUACAGAAUGCAUGACAGAUUAGAGAGGGUACAUUCCGGACCAUUUUCCAACGCCAGGAACGUGUUCGCUCGUGUUACUCUGCAUCCCGGACGUUACGUCAUCAUUCCAUCAACCUUUGAUCCGGGGUGUCAUGGCAAAUACAUUUUAAGGAUGUAUUGCAAUUGUAAUAUAAAUCUUAGAGAGCUAUGGCUGGAUGAGCCACCUCCCCCAACUUUGUGCGGAAUUGAAACCAAUCUAAAGAAGAGGAAAACAUGCGCAACACAGGUUACUAUGGUGAAGGGGGAAGGAUUUCCGGGAAACGAAAACAAAGGAUGUAACCUUUAUUGUAAAAUCAUGUGCGAGGGUAAAGUAUUUAAGACAAGAGUAUGCAAGGGCUCUUUAAAACCAGAAUGGAAUGACAGAGUAACAUUUUAUAGGAAAAAGCCAGAGGAGGACGUUGUAAUUGAGGUAUGGGACAGCAGCAUUAUAAAGGACGAAUUUCUGGGCGAGUGCGUGAUUCCGAUGUCCGAGAGCGCCACCUAUCGGGGAGGGAACACCAUUAGACGGUAUGAUCUGAAUUCCCGACAGAAUGGUAACGGAACAGAGAAAAAGGCAGGGUACAUUUGGCUCAAGAUUCUUCACACGAACGAAAUGGACAGGGUUUGAAAAAAAAAUAUUGUCGUUGAUAUGUGAAAAUUUGAUCGAAUUCCAGGAAAUUUUCAAUCAAAGAAGAUGGGUAAACAAGCCGCGCAAAAUGCCUCUAGCUUCAAAUGUGUAAAAACAUGAACUCAAUUUGAGAAUUAAGUAUUAAGAGGAAAGUUAUUAUUAUUGAAUGGUGUGGUUUUUUGAAAAACAAAACUUUCUGCGGAAAAAUUCUCUCUACGAAAAUUAUUCUACGGUUAAAAAAUCUUGGGAUUGGAACCCCUGAGUUUGUUUAUCUCUGAGAGUGACAUGUUACCCAUUUCACUGCACAGGUCAGUAUAUGUCGGUAUGUAAAUCUUCAAGUUGUUUGUGAUACAUGUAUAACCAUUGAAUAACUGGACUUCAAAUAUUUCUCUGAUAGAUACAAAUUUUGUGUUCAUAAAAGCUUAUUUAAAAGCUAGAGUGGGUUCUUGUACUAUGUUUUUGUUAUGCAAAAAAUAUUUCUAAACAAACUUUGAAGACACUCUUUUACUUCAAAAAAAGGAACGAAGACCCACUCAUAUAGAGAAGCUGAGUUAUAGAAUGGAGAAAUGAUUAUUGUAAAGCCCUCUUUGGUAUCUGCUAUAAUUUUAUAAACGAAUAAUUUUAACAUCGGUGAACCUGAUGUUAAUUGCGGAGACUUAACAUGAAAUACUAAGUAUACAUUAAUACAAUAUACAUUAUACACGUGUACAAUGUUAGAUGAAAUAUCAAAGAGAAUUGUGUUAUAUUUCACUUUCUUAUUUGUCGAAACAUUGGCAUUUUUCUCGACUUAUUCCCUCGUCUAAUUAGUAAAUAGAAUAAACUGAUGGUACAACUUCCGUUCUCUUUAGACUCGAGUGCUUGAACAAAUUUUUAAAGUAUACGUGAUUUGGAAGAGUAACAAUUAAUUUAGAAUAAGACUACAGGUUAUAAAUUAUGAUUUUUCUUCGUUAUCUUUUUAGAGUCUUGUUCUUUUACAUUGGGCUGUUCAUAUACGACGUGCAAACCAUGGAAUGUGUUAAUUUUUUUUUAUUUUUUAAAAACUUUUUGUCAUUUUUGAUAUGAAAUAGAAUUUCAUUACGUUAUCCGAGAACUUCUUUUCAAUUUUUUUUUAUAUAAUAUUGGUAUUAUUGUAUUUAAAUAUUCUAUAAGUUAAGUUUAUGUUCUUGAAAAUGAAACCUUCAAUGGAACCUGUAUGCUAGAAGAUCUGUUAUACGUUUAUGCAAACUUUUUGUGGUUAACAAACAAACAUUAAAUUUCAUUUGAGAAAAACUAUAAUUAUUUACUUCUUGUAAAAUAGCUGUAUAUUCGCUUAUUCAUUAUUAUAUAGUUCUCUACGUUGUUUAUAUACGUUAUAUGUUGUACUUUAUUUAUUUUUCAUGUUGUAUUAUAUAUAUAUACUCUUCAUGUUG